AUGGCCAAGUUCAAACAUACUUCUUGGGAGGUUAUGAUCAAUGAGGAGAGAAAUCUUGCCGUGAAUAAGUGGCUCAGCCUUGUCAUGGUCGAGCCCUUGACCUUCGGUGUAGCUAGGAACUUCUACGCCGGCAAAGCGUCAGGGAUCUCUUCAGGAUCGCUUGCAGACAGCAUUUCGGAUUGCCUUGCUGCCAAGGCUACUUCGACGAUCAAUGCCAGGGCGAAUUGCUUGUUGCGGUUUGUUUCUUGGGCAAAGGGGAACAUGCCGUUUGUUUUUCCCUUGACCGAGCAUGCUGUCUACGCAUACUUCGAGGAGAAGAAAUCCACAGCAGCGGCAACUUCGUUCAGGAGCCUUCUCUCUUCGGUUGCUUUCGCUCAGCAUGUGGUAGGCCUGGAAGGGUGUGACAAGGUUUACACUUCGGGUCGUGUCCGCGGCCUUGCGUCGAAGCUUUACAUGCAGAAGAGGAAGCUCAAGCAACGGAAUCCUCUGAGGGUCUCCGAUGUCAUUCUUCUUGAAAGGAUUUGUUGCAAGCUUGAAGACAGGUCUUUGCAGGACCGUGUCGCUGCAGGCUUCUUUCUCUUCUUGAUUUAUGCAAGAGCACGAUACAGUGACGGGCAAAACGUGGCAUCGCUGACUGAUUCGCCGCUCUACUUGGAGUGCAGUGUGGGCAGGUCCAAGACUAGUUUCACUUUGGAACGCAAGACCAGGUACUUGCCAAUGGCUGCCAGGAAAGUGGGCAUCAAGUGUGCAUGGGCCGAUGCGUGGCUUGAGGCUUUGGCAGAGGCGGGUCUUGCGAUCAAGCCGAACGACCCGUUGCUUCCCUGCCCUUCUUCGAAUGGUUCGUGGAAGAUGAUCCCGCUUCCGUGCGAUCAGGCUUGCUCGUGGCUCAGGAGCCUGCUAGGGAACGCUCAGAGCGAUCCCUACCUUGCAAAUGUGGGCACACAUAGCCUUAAGAGGACUCUGCUGAGCUGGGCAAGCAAGCGUGGUCUGCCCCGAGAACAGAGGGCCCUCCUGGGGUAUCACACGUCCCGAGCCUCAGGUGCGGGGUCAGAGCUGAUCUAUGAGUCCGACGCCCAGUCGGCUCCGCUCAGGGCUUUGUCAUCUAUGAUCGACGAGGUGUCAUCGGGGGCCUUCAAGCCCGACAAACCAAGGGGGCAGCAGCUUGCUUCCGAGCUGUCGGCGCAUGCCGAUCCCCCUGGCGACGAGAUCGAGUCAUCAGACUCGGAGGGCUCCGAGGACGAGGAGGAGAUCGACCACUCGGGCGAUGAAGCUUGUGUUGCCGAGGCUUUGGACUGGCAUGGGAAGGUCGACCUUGACAAGAUUGAUCCCUCGUGUGUUUUCUUUCGGCAUCGCCAAUCCAGGGUAGUGCACAUCACUGUUUUCUUUCGGCAUCGCCAAUCCAGGGUAGUGCACAUCACUGCCGACGAAGCCGGUGCCAACCUAGGCUGCGGUAGGACCAUUUCGGGUCAGUACAGGAAGCUGGAGGCGCGACCCGCAGUUUUGCAUCCAAGGUGCAAGCAGUGCUUCAGGAGAUACCUGGUUGUGCAGCAGGGCACAUGA